GUGAUGGCGAAGGGGGUGUUUCCACGGGCCUGGAUGAAAAAGUCUUUCUACUUCCAGGCUCGGAUCUCCUUUGUCCGGGUGAAGUAUCUGUUCAUCACAUGGCUGACGGUGCUGGUGGGGAGUUGGGUGCUCUACGUGCAAUACUCUGCGUACUCUGAGCUGUGCAGAGGUCACCAGUGCAAGAGCACCAUUUGUGACAAAUACAGACAAGGAAUCAUCGGCGGUUCUGCCUGCAGUAGUCUGUGUGACAAAGAAACCUUCUACUUAAGCAGGUGCCUGUCAACACUGCCCAACAAUCAGGUCUACACGGGGAGCUGGGGCGACCGCGAUGGAAUCGUGCGCUGCAAGUUGGGAGAAGUGGCCCACUUUGAGCUGGCCGAGGAGCCGGAACCCCGGAAGGACCCUCCCACCUUUGAUAAGCCCACCAAAGGCACGUCGGCGGAGAAGUUCAAAGAGAUGGUCUUCAAUUAUCUGAAGUCCAAGCUCGGGGAACAGGCCAGCCUCACCGGCCUGGUCGCUCGGAUCCUCUCCUUCGCCGACGGAAACAAAGACGGGCGAGUGUCGCUGCCGGAGGCUCGGUCGACGUGGGCUCUCCUGCAGAUCGAUGAGGUGCUGCUGGGUCUGCUGCUUCAGGACCACGGACACACUCCACGUCUCCUCGGAUACUGCGGAGACCUCUACAUGAUGGAACGUGUCCCAAAUGGGCCGCUGUAUGGUUUCUCUCUUCCGUGGCCGCUGGAGUCCUGGGUGCCGAGCGGGCUCCAGCGCACAAUGGACCAGUGGUUCACCCCGUCCUGGCCUCGCAAGGCCAAGAUCGCCAUGGGCCUGCUGGAGCUGGUGGAAGACAUCUUUCACGGCACCUACGGCAGCUUUCUCAUCUGCGACUUGGCCGCGGUACAUUUCGGCUACACGGACCGUUACGAGCUCCAUCUCACCAACACCGGAGCAGUGGUGGCGGAGGACGAGUUCCGCCGCUCCAUGCGCGUUCUGAAGUGCGAGACGGACGAGGACUGCGUGUACAGAGCGGACUGCCAGACCUCGUGCGACCUGUCUCAGAAACGGUGCCGGGAGGAUCCGGUGCGACCGAACUUGGCGAAGGCUUGCCACACACUCAAGGAUUACCUCCUGCGGGGGGCGCCGUCAGCGCUGACGGAAGAGCUGGAGCGUCAGCUGUACGCCUGCAUCGCUCUCAGGGGCACCGCCGGACAGAUGAACAUGGAGCACUCGCUGAUCCUCAACAACCUGAAGACGCUGCUGUGGAAACAGAUCUCACACACCAAAGACUCCUGACCAGUCCAGCCUGUGAUACCAGAUGAAGUUAUUUUGUAUAGAAAUCCUAUGGACUGACGCUGCUCCGAAUGUAAGGUGGAUAGUAGAACUGGAGAGUUAUAUAUUUCGUUCAACUUUUUUUUUUUUUUUAAACGGCUCUAAAACUUGUGAACUUUUUUUGGCACUUAUUUUAAUCCUUUAAUUUUAAAGAUCUAUUGCCUUUGAAAAGUGCCCUCUCUGGAGGUGGAUAAAGCAAUCGCCAGCAAAACUUAAGGUCACAGGUUCUGUGUAAGGUAAUCGACCUAGUAUUUUAUUUUCCCUUUUUUUUGUCUGUUUCUUAUUUAAGACUGAGGCAAGAAUUUGAAGCAGGCUCACUUUGCACCCUUCACUACAAGCUGUACACUUCCAGUCAUCUUGGUAGGAGGAGCCUUUUGAAGGAGGAAGGUGAAUAUGGGACCAAGUGAAGAGACUUGAUUUGCACUCUGCAAUUGUGUCUUAUUAGUUGAGGAUGUAGUUGGGCACCAGAGGGGUGUGAAGGUCACAGAGGAACCCACUCCACCGUGCUGUUUCACCACACGAAUGCUGCACCGUGGCCACAGACAGAUAUUUAUAAUGUGAAUGUGGCCAGCUUCUGUUUUCACCUUUAUCGUUGUACUGUCACUUUGGUUGAAUUCACAGUGCCAUAUCGAGAACAUGCUGUACUCUUCUGAAUCACUACGGUCACAUGACAGCAUGUGACAGCUGUACCAUCCAGUCACCGCGGUCAUCACCACUUACACUGCGUUUGGGGACGACGUGACCUGGUUGGAUAAUCCUGUUGUCUUUGCUGCUGAGUAUGAAGGAACCAGCAUGAAUUUGCACAAUUAAAAUGAUGUACCACUUAUCCAUGCCUCGCUGUUGACUCCACAAGAAGGACAAAAACCAAAGUUAGAACCUGCAUUAAAUUUAUUAGCUUGAAUGGAGUCCUCGGCUUCUGUGCUAACCGUCGCCUGCUUCUUGCUCUUGUGCUCGUAAGAAACUGGCCUUCUUCUGGGCGACGCGGUUCUUUCUCUGUGCCAGGGAUAGCUUGGCGCGAUUCCAUCUGUCCGGGAACAAACAAGAGUAGCAUUAGCA